UAAUUAUAGAUUAAUAAUUUCUAUUAACCAGAGAAGCGAAACAUUUCCUUUCUUGCGCCUUGAGUUAAAGGGCCUCUGAUUUCAUGCGUUGUAAGAGUUGCCAAAAUGAAAAUUCAAGAAAGCAUAAAAAUUAGUUCUUUGAUUCCAAAACUGUCUAAAUUUCUGCCUGAACGGAACUGGGGUUCUGCUUCUGGGCUAAAAAUAUCUGCAGCCGUUGGUGUACUGGGUGCUGCUAGUAUAAUCUUGGCUGUAAAAGAUAAAUUUUUGAACUUUAACAACCUGCUAUUGUUAUCAGAUAGUGAUUCUGAAAAGUAUUGGGCAGUCCCUGGAUUGCAAAAUUUUGGAAAUAAUUGCUUCUUGAAUGUUAUUUUGCAGGCUUUGGCAAGCUGCUCGAGCUUUCGGAAAUAUCUUGAAAAAACUGUGGAGGAAUUCAAGUUUUCAUCAGAUAGAGUUGAAAGCACGCCACUUGUUAAUGCCCUGUCUUCUCUAAUGGAAGAAUUAGGUACUGUCCGACAUGGAAGAGCUGUGCUCAGUCCAAGAAAACUUAUGCUAGCAAUGGAUAAUUACUUUCCAAGUUUCAAUCUAACUAGCCAGCAGGACGCCGAGGAAGCAUUUUCUCAUCUUUUGUCUUCAUUAAGAGAAGAACUAUCAGAGCAAUAUGUCCCUGAUCGCAGCUAUUUGGCUGAUUUGACUUCCCCUCAUCAUAGGAUUCGAAUAGUAAACAGCAGCAAUGGGUGGAGUGAAUGGCAAAGGUGGUUGCACAGUUUCCUUGGGCCCUUUGAUGGGAUAGUUGGCAGCAUUUUAGUUUGCCAAAGCUGUUCGAUUCAGAUAUCUCUAGAUUUUCAACUAUUCCACAGUUUGCACCUUUCACCCCCGAUCAGCCAUAAUGCUACAAUAAUGGAAGGAUGCUCCCUGGAGGAUUGCCUCAAUCAUUUUUUAGUUGCUGAACAUCUUGAGAAUUAUUGCUGCAGCCACUGUUGGCACAAUGCUGCAAUAAAAUAUGUGUCUACAGUGGCUGAAGAUAAGACAGAUGUUGAAAAAUUACAAAGUUGUACUCAUGAUGAUUCAUGUGACUGCAAAACCCUUUCUUCCCUUCAAGGGCUUCCAUGGUCAAAUAGGUUCUGUCGUGCUUUCAAGCAACUCAGUAUUGCACGGAGUCCUAAGAUUUUAUGCAUUCAUCUGCAACGUGCUUCAGCUAAUGUAUCUGGGCAAUCAGUCAAACUUCGGGGCCAUCUCUCUUUUCCAUUGUCCCUGGACCUGUCUCUAUUCAUGAAAAGUGAAGUGGGAAUAAAGAACUGGGAAGAAAGUUUGAAAUUUAAGCUAUCAAAAAACCAGUGGGAAAACAUUUCGUCAAGAACGAAGAUUGCGAAGGAAUCAGAAAGAAAUACAGUUGCACUACCCGAUAAUAAUUGCUUAAAAGCCUCUAUAGGAGGACCAAGUUUGCUUGAGAAUAGUGGAUUUGCUGAUACCAUAAUCGGUAGUAUGCCUGCGCUUUCUAAUGACAAGGAGGUUAGUACAACACCUUCAAAACCUCGAAUAUAUCGUCUAGUCUCUGUUGUGGAGCACUUUGGAAAUGUUGGAAGUGGACAUUACAUGGUUUACAGAAGAGUAACAGCAAAAUUAGGUGCUGAAGAUCCAAUUGCACUAUUGGAAUCUGCUAUUGAUCAAUGGUUUUGCAUCUCGGAUUCUGAAGUACGAAGUGUAUCAGAGAAAGAUGUUCUGAAUGCAAAUGCAAGUAUGCUGUUUUAUGAGAAAAUAGUUGAGCACUGAGACCUUUCAGUCUAGAUCUUUUUGUAUCAACUAUUCUGGAGAAACUGAGAGGUGCAAUUGGUUUGUUAUGGGGUCACCGUGAUUUUUUCACGUGUAGAGCUAUGGAGCCCAAAGUUUAGAGCUAAACUUUUCAUGACCAAAAAGGCCAGAAGAGAAAUCUUGCAAACGAUUGACGCAUAUAUUUAUGGAUAUAGAACUGAUGUCUGAAUAUUUGCAUUUGCACGCAUUUCCAGAACUCAAAGAGAUCCCAACGGACAGAUGGGAACAAUUAAUUGAAUUGUAUCGAUAUGUAAAUGGAAAAUAUAUGCUCUGCCUAACUGCCUUGAAGAUUCACCAUGUGCAUCAAUUUGUUUUUCCCUUAUUUUUGGGAUGUAUAAACUGAUGCUUGCUUCUUAGUUGCACUAUUACUGGAUAGUAAAUUCUGUUUGUUUUGUUCUACUAGAAAUCUCAAUAUUUUCAGG